AACUUAUAAAAGCCCGCAACACACUCACUCCAUCGCCCGUUUGUGCUCUAAACUUCUGUGACAAUUUUGUGCUACUCUUAAAUGGGGGCCUAAACAAUACCGUGUCGUUGUUAACCUUUGAUAAUCCACCAAAGUUUUCGUCAAGUGAUAACUACUGGGACCAUUUUUGUGAUAACAAGCGAAGUGACAACUGGGCAGAAUGGAGGAUGGUCACGCAAAAACAGUGGACGAAGUACUUAGGUACUUCGACGCUGAUCAAGAACGAGGUCUUUCACUUGAUCAAGUCAAAAAGAAUCAAGCUAAAUAUGGACCCAAUGAACUUCCUGCGGAAGAAGGAAAAUCCAUAUGGCAAUUAGUUUUAGAACAGUUUGAUGAUCUUCUAGUCAAGAUUUUAUUAUUAGCCGCUAUAAUUUCCUUUGUAUUAGCUUUAUUUGAAGAACACGAUGGCGCAUUCACCGCGUUCGUAGAACCUUUUGUAAUUCUUUUAAUUCUUAUUGCAAACGCAGUAGUAGGUGUAUGGCAGGAAAGAAAUGCUGAAUCCGCCAUUGAAGCUCUUAAAGAAUAUGAACCAGAAAUGGGCAAAGUUGUCCGACAAGACAAAUCCGGUAUUCAGAAAAUCCGGGCGAAAGAAAUCGUACCCGGAGAUAUAGUAGAAGUGUCAGUGGGUGACAAAAUUCCCGCUGAUAUUCGUUUAGUUAAAAUUUUCUCAACAACACUCCGUAUCGAUCAGUCUAUCUUGACUGGUGAAUCCGUUUCUGUGAUCAAACACACCGAUGCCAUUCCCGACCCAAGAGCUGUCAACCAAGACAAGAAAAACAUUCUUUUCUCAGGUACCAAUGUUGCUGCUGGUAAAGCACGUGGUAUUGUUAUUGGAACUGGUCUUAACACCGCCAUUGGUAAAAUCAGAACUGAAAUGUCAGAAACGGAAGAAAUUAAGACUCCCCUUCAACAAAAAUUGGACGAAUUCGGUGAACAACUCUCCAAAGUCAUUUCAGUCAUCUGUGUUGCUGUAUGGGCUAUUAACAUUGGACAUUUCAAUGACCCAGCCCAUGGUGGUUCAUGGAUUAAAGGUGCUGUCUACUACUUCAAAAUCGCUGUAGCUUUGGCUGUCGCUGCCAUUCCUGAAGGUCUACCAGCUGUCAUUACUACAUGUCUUGCUCUUGGUACUCGUCGUAUGGCUAAGAAAAACGCUAUUGUAAGGUCCCUUCCAUCUGUAGAAACUCUUGGUUGCACAUCUGUCAUCUGCUCCGAUAAAACUGGUACCUUAACCACCAACCAAAUGUCAGUCUCACGUAUGUUUAUUUUCGAUAAAGUUGAAGGCAGCGACAGCUCUUUCCAUGAAUUUGAAAUCACUGGCUCCACUUAUGAACCUAUUGGUGAAGUAUUCCUUAAAGGACAAAAAGUUAAAUGUGCAGAAUUUGACGCAUUACAUGAAAUUGGUACCAUUUGUAUUAUGUGCAAUGACUCCGCCAUUGAUUUCAAUGAAUUCAAACAAGCUUUCGAAAAAGUUGGUGAAGCUACUGAAACUGCUCUCAUUGUAUUAGCAGAAAAAAUGAAUCCCUUCUCUGUCAGUAAAACUGGAGAUCGUAGACAGGUUGCCAUCUGUGUUAGACAAGACAUUGAAACUAAAUGGAAGAAGGAAUUCACUUUGGAAUUCUCACGUGAUCGUAAAUCUAUGUCUUCCUACUGCACACCCCUCAAACCAUCUCGUAUUGGUAAUGGACCUAAACUCUUCGUUAAAGGAGCUCCAGAAGGUGUUUUGGAAAGGUGUACACACGCUCGUGUUGGAUCUCAAAAAGUACCACUUACCAGCACUCUUAAAAAGAGAAUCACUGAUCUUACCGCUCAAUAUGGUUGUGGACGCGACACGUUGCGUUGUCUUGCCCUAGCAACUGCUGAUAACCCCAUGAAACCAGACGAAAUGGACCUUGGCGAUUCAACCAAAUUCUACACAUAUGAAGUCAAUCUUACAUUCGUUGGUGUUGUUGGUAUGUUGGAUCCCCCACGUAAAGAAGUAUUUGACUCCAUUGUUCAAUGCCGCGCUGCUGGUAUCAGAGUUAUUGUUAUCACUGGUGACAACAAAGCUACUGCUGAAGCCAUUUGCAGACGUAUUGGUGUAUUCACUGAAGAUGAAGAUACUACUGGAAAGUCAUAUUCUGGUCGUGAGUUCGACGAUUUGCCUACUUCUGAACAAAAAGCUGCAUGCGCUAGAGCUAGAUUAUUCUCCAGAGUCGAACCAGCUCACAAAUCCAAGAUUGUUGAGUAUUUGCAAAGCAUGAAUGAAAUUUCUGCUAUGACAGGUGAUGGUGUAAACGACGCUCCCGCUUUGAAGAAGGCCGAAAUUGGUAUUGCUAUGGGUUCAGGAACUGCUGUCGCUAAAUCUGCGUCUGAGAUGGUGUUGGCUGAUGAUAACUUCUCAUCCAUUGUAGCCGCUGUUGAAGAAGGUCGUGCCAUCUACAACAACAUGAAACAAUUCAUCCGUUACCUUAUUUCCUCAAACAUUGGUGAAGUCGUAUCCAUUUUCUUGACAGCCGCUCUUGGUCUUCCUGAAGCCCUUAUUCCAGUACAACUAUUGUGGGUCAACUUGGUAACUGACGGUCUUCCAGCUACUGCUCUCGGUUUCAACCCACCUGACUUGGACAUCAUGAGCAAACCCCCACGUAAAGCUGAUGAAUCCUUGAUCUCCGGAUGGUUGUUCUUCAGAUACUUGGCUAUUGGAGGAUAUGUAGGUGCUGCAACUGUAGGCGCUGCUGCUUGGUGGUUCAUGUACAGCCCCGAAGGACCUCAAAUGAACUACUAUCAAUUGACACAUCAUUUACAAUGCAUUGGUGGUGGACCUGAAUUCAAGGGAGUCAACUGCAAAGUAUUCAGUGAUCCUCAUCCUAUGACUAUGGCUUUGUCUGUAUUGGUAACAAUUGAAAUGUUAAACGCUAUGAACAGCUUAUCAGAAAAUCAGUCCUUGAUCGCCAUGCCUCCAUGGUCCAACUGGUGGUUGAUUGGUUCAAUGGCUCUUUCAUUCACCCUUCACUUCGUGAUCAUUUACGUUGAAGUUUUAUCUGUUGUAUUCCAAGUGUGCCCAUUGACUGUAGAAGAAUGGAUGACGGUGAUGAAGUUCUCAAUUCCAGUAGUAUUACUUGACGAAACGCUGAAGUUCGUUGCCAGAAAAAUCACAGACGGUGAGAGCUACAUAUACACUGUGCAUUGGAUGGUACUAAUGUGGGCUGUGUUCUUUGGCUUUUUGCGUGUGUGCCCCAUUUAAAAAAAUGAACCACUAUCGUGCGGUUCGCGAGAUACUGCCUCACCAAGACGAGGACAGGCCUUAGUGCGUAAACGGGUGCUUUAAGCAAAUUCUACAAUGACAAACUACAAACAGAUAAACAGUCGUUUUCUCUACCACGUUGUUUAUCAAUAAAAAUACAUAUUUUGAUGGGUAUCUUUCAUGAUUAAAAUAAAUUGUUUAUCUUAUUGGCACAGAAAUCAAAAUUUAAGGGAUUUUUGGAUUUUUAGGGGUACGAUGAAAUUAGUUUCUUAAAAUAUUAUGUCUAAACGAUUUUCCUAUUUGAUGUGAAUGUUUAUAGCUAUUCUUUUUCUGAUAACCUUUCUAAUUAUAUUGCAAUAAAUAAAUAAAAUAGGUUCUCUAGGUAUUAGUUAUCUACGAGUGAGACACAGCUAAGAUUUUUAACGUAACUUCCUAUGAAUGCUGUUCGUUGAAAAAAUAAUGGAUGACUGAUGGAAUGACUGUAAACCUACUCUCUUUAUAUUAAAACAGUUAUACAAAAUAUAUAUUUUAGAUUAUCUGUAUAUACCAGUUUUUAAUUACUUUUUAAAUCACAUUUUAUCUUCCUUAACAUUGAAAUGUACAAAAGUAGACGUGGAUAUUUGAAUUAUGAAAGAUAAACCGAAAAAUAUUGUAAUAUUCAAAUUAUUUAAUCAAUAUCAUUUACUAGAUCUGAAGUGCCUUUUCUCUAAGGUUUAGUUCCCGGAUUAUAGCAUUUUUUAAAUUAAUUUAUUUGUAUCAAAGUAUAAAUAUAUUAGAUAACUUUAGUUUGUAAAGGUUUUAUUUUUUGGAUUGGGUAAAUACACGUUCUAGCUGGUUUCGAUUCGAAAACCGGCUAUCACAUUAGAAUAGACAUCAAACCUUUCUAUUUAGUUUGGCUACAUUUCAUGUAUUUUCCAUCAUUUUCUACACAAAUUAAUUCACUGAAUGUUAUCUGUUUCUUUCUCAUUCGGUUUGGCCUCUUUAGAUGAUUUCAGAGAUCGUAUUUGUAAGUUACGUUUAGUUAUUUAAUUAACCAUUUUUUAAAUGUACAGGUGGUAACGUUACGAAGUAUAACCCAAAAUAGAAAAUAAAAGAUCAACUGUCACCCGUUCUUACACACUAAAAUGCAAGUCUAACCAUAGCUAGUGUUCCUUCUAGUGUCAAUGAGAAGCUAAGACAAGAACAAAAAUAUCAAGACAAUACAUAUUCCUAACAUAGUCUUGUAUUUAGUACAAUACGUUAAUCAAAUUAAAACAAGAAAGAAGUUAUAAUUUUAAAAUAUAUCAUUUAGUGCCUUUCUGACAAUUAAAUGGCGUGGCUUUGUUAAUAAUCAAGUUGUCUUGAUAUUUUUUCCAACAAAAUUUAGUGAGUUCUUCGAAUAUGCGAAAAGGCAAGUCGUGUGGCCUCUACAGUGUGUUGUGAUCUUUAGGAGAAAUUUUAAAGUAGGACUCGAAAAGUGCUGCAUGGUUUAUUGCAACAAAUUAAAUAACAAACGCAACAAGACUGACUUUAUUGUUCAGCAACGAAAGCGUGUCAAGUAACGAGAAUUUAUCUCGAUUCGUGAUUGAUAUGGACAGCUUAUAACGUUUUCACUACAGAAUUAUUCAAACUGAUAUAAAAACUUUAAUACUUCAUGUUAAUUGUUUUAUUAUAUUAUUGUCGGCCCGGUAAGUACUUAGCCUACAAAAGAAAAACGAACAUUUUGUGAAAGUGGCGAUUUAUUUUUCUAUGGCUUCUAAUUCGACUUAAAUUUCUGCCCGGCAAGUGACUUUUUCGUGUUUGUAAAAAAAGGAGUCAUACGGGGCAAAAUCUGGACAAUAAGUUGGAUGCGGCAGCCGUUCGUAGUCAAUUCGACCAAUUUCGCCAUGACGACGACGUAGGUGUGAGCCGAUGUGUUGCCAUGAGGUUUGUUCCAACAAACAGUUUUUGUACGGGCCAGAAAUCGUCACGAAACUACUUGUACCGUUUUUAUGCGCAUGUUGUCAGGAAAUUCACUAGACGAUCACAUUUUUUGUUGGAACAAUCGGAAGGACGAUGCGAUAUUAGAUCAUUGUUUUGUUGAAACGUAUUUUGUUUACUGCGCAGGAGCGUGAUCGUUACAUGACGGUUUUUCGUUGUGUUGGAACAAACCUACGAUGAAAUAGGCCUUUGUUCUCUGCCAAUUCGGCCGUUUUUUGUGCAAUUCGGCGCCCAGGCAGCCCAUAAUUCGGCAUAAUAGAGCUCUGUGACCGUUUUGUCCUUCUCCUUUUGUCAAGAGGUUGGAACAGCACUCCAAAAGACGCACUUGUUUUUAACUUGAUUUUAGCUGCCUCUAAAGUAGUUUGACCUCCAGCUGUAAUCUUUUUGUUGUUCCUCGUCUACAUGAGCUUUUUCAUUUUUUAUCUGUUUUAAGGCAAUUUUAACUUCCUCGGAGUAAUUUUAUAUUCACCAUUGGCGCCCGUACAGGUAAUGGUCUGAAUUUUUUAAAGAAAAAAAAUAGUUCACCACUGAGAAACGUCAAAUUAAAAAUCAUUUUUGAAUUCCUCGUUCAAUUUACGACAAAAAAUCAUUCUUGUCGUUUUUUCAUAUGCGGCGCCGUUUUUAUACAAAAAAAUAAAACAUCUUAAGGCUUACAAAUUAUCCGAGGUAGAUUCCAUAUACAUAGAAACUUAUUUCAAAUACUUUGUAAACGUUAAGAUAUUUUAUUUUUUUGCAUAAAACGGCGCCUCAUAUGAAAAAAAAGACAAAAACGAUUUUUUGUCGUAAGUUAAACGAGGAAUUCAAAAAUGAUUGUUAAUUUGAUAUAUCUCAGUGGCGUACUAUUUUUUUCUUUAAAAAAUUCGGGCCAUUACCCGUACGCGCGCCAAUGGUGAAUAUAAAAUUACUCUGUCGCCUUUAAAGGAGGUAAUUUUGAACAUUUGUUGUAGCCUUGCACAUAGUUAAAAUCUUUUUAGAAAUAUUUUCUGUUAUUGCUCUAGUUUGGCAUUAUUAUAUUGGAGAGUUCUUGAUAAUGUAUCACGAAAUGAAAAAUACGCGCGAAGAUGUUUUAUUUUUUUUGCAUAAAAACGGUGCACCAUAUGAAAAAAGACAAGAAAGGUUCUUUAUCAUAAAUUAAACGUGGAAUACAAAAAUAAUUUUUAAUUUGAAAUAUCUCAGUGGCGUACUAUUUUUUUCUUUAAAGAAAUUCAGACCAUUACCCGUAGGCGCGCCAAUGAUAAAUAUAAAGUUGUUAUUUGUUUGCCAAAAAAUGCGCAAUAACUACCUCUUGAAACCCACCAAAUUUAAUUUUCAUAGCUUAAAAGGUCUUAGAGCAAUAAAAAAAUUCGCAGUUUGAAAAAAAAUACAACACCCCGUACCUUGGAAAGAAGCAUUUGCGGACAUACGUUUAUAGAGCAAACUGUCAUUAUUUUUACAUGUAGAAUUACCCCUUAAAGUUUUUCAUACUUACUUACUAACACCCUGUAUAUGAUAGUAAAUUUAUCUUGCGAAAGUGGCGCCAUCAUACGUUGAAACUAAGUACUUAUCGGACUGCCCUCAUGUAUCCAAAAAAACACAUGUUAUAGAAACAUGGUAGACAAAUCUAAAGUUUUCGAGCUAGGAAGAUAUCUUAAUUCAUUAUGUAGAUUUAGGAAAUGGGAAAACAGAAAACAAAAAGGGUACUAACUCCCUAAAAUUUUGAAUAAACAAUGUAGUUUAAAGAAAAUAGCUUAAGUAUUAAUAUCGCAGUUUUCUCCAUUAUUCUCAUUAUGCAUAUAAUAUGUUUCAGUUCCAUGUUCCACAUUCUUAUUAUUUAAUAACACAUGGAAAUUUAGAAUAAUAUAAGGCAGAACAAAACUAAUAGUGAUAUACUAAAUGAAAAGACAUAUAAGUACGUGAUUUUAUUCUGCCCUUUUCAGUGACUAUUCAUGUUUUUGCAUAGUAUAAAAAUAUUUUCAAGAAACAUAUAGCCUCAUCUCUUAAACAGUUAGGAAUAGAUAUAAAUCUAAACUAGACCUAGAGAAUGUUAGACGAAGAACUAGAUGAUAUUGUUACAACAUCUAGUAUAGGAAGAAAAAAUAGCAUCAUGCUCUUGUAUGAUUAAAUUAAGUACGGAAUUUCGUCGCAUUAAUAGAAAAUGAAAAGUACAUACAGUCUGUACAAUAUAGAUACCGUUGCAUGUCAUUAUCUACGUCAGAGAUCUAAGUUGACAUUGUUGCCCAAUUACAAAAAAUUCUUGAAUUCAUUUUAAAUCGAAUAUAUCACAUAAUUAUUGCGGAAGUGGAUUAUACAACAAAACAUAUUAAUAUUUCAAUGUAAAUAAAUAAAAAUAUUAGAAAUAGAAAACAAGAAUUAAGUUAUAAUCUUACGUUAAAGUAAAUAAUAAAAACAAUAAAUAUAAUAAAACAAAUACUUAUGGUAAAGAAUAAAAACAAAUCUGAAGUGUCAAUACCGCAACUGUCAAAUAAAUGUUACCAAUUUAUGCCAAAAUAUCUCCUUUGUGCGAAUUCAGUUAGAGUGUAAUCCGAACAAAUGUGCUUUAUUAAAACGCUUUAUAUUUCACUUAUACAAAUUAAAUGAAACAAGUUAGGGUAUGUUUACAUCAAUAGAAAUCUUCCAACAUUAUUCUCUACGCGUAUAUAAUAAAAUAUAUCUGGUGGCUGUAAAUCCAGUGUACUCGGCUAAACGAUUCCAAAAUGGAACAUAUCUACCACUUAAAAUAUUUCGUGUUGGUAUCAUGUGACGUCACGUGCUGUGACGCGGAUGACGUGCAACGGUAUCUAUAUUGUACGGACUGUACAUUGUUUGUUCUUUGUGGUAUACGCCAAGAAAAAAAAUAAUACCAUCUACGAUUAGUAAUUUUUAGCUUAUAACAGUUUGAAUAGUUCUAUCGGUUUUUAAUAUGAGGAAAAGUUGUGGAUAAAAGGUAAAUUUGAAUUCGCUUGUUGAAAUGUGUGGACGAGUUGUAAUUUGUGCAAAUGGGCGGUAAUUUAAAAAGAAAAAAAUAAACGAUUCCUCAUAAUAUAUUUGGACACUGUUUCAAUUUUUUUUCGAUAGUUUUCGACUUGAUAUUUCUUGUAGUGAUUUUUUAGAAAAAAAAAACAACUUUUUGAUAUUUAUAUAUUGGGAGAAGCAAAAACGUUGAGUGUUUUUUAUAAUUUGUACUCCAGUAUUUGUUGUUAUACCUCAGUUGUAUAAUAUAGAUUUAAAAGUAUUCUAAAUUUUUGAAAUAAUAAAAAUGAAUUCAAAAUUAUAUCCAGUACACUACAAACAACAUCUAUUACAGGAAGUGUUAAUAAUUGGUAUUGAGACAUGUUUUAAUGAUAAGGGAUCAUUUCUAAAGGUGCUUUGCGAUUUCGCAGAUUGUUUUUGUUUGGAAAGGAAAAACAUGGUCAGACCCUCAUAGCGAGACAUUUGAAGCUCUUCACAUUUUGUUUGAGCAGGUAUACGACGUCUUAUAUGCCUUUUGAGAAGGCUCCAUAUAUGUUCAAUAGGAUUAAGGUCUGGACUUUGAGCUGGCCAGUCCAGUUUUGGAAUACCAAUAUCUUCAAGAUACUAUGUUACAAUCCUUGCCAUGGCGAAGACGACAUUCGUAUAUGAAAAGAAAUCCUUGCCCAAAACAUUACUGAGCCAUCACCAAAAAAAGCCAGGUGUGACCGAGUGCAUGCAGCUUAACGUUCUUCAGUGCUUCUGUAGACCUUAUUUCGACCAUCUGUACCAUACAUUGAUAUUCUACACUCAUCCAUAAACAAUACUUUUUCCAAUCAUCUGUUGCCCAAUUGACGUGUUCAUAGGCAAAUGCAAGUCUGCGUCUUUUGUGAGUAGUAGUAAGUAAUGGAUCUGUUGCUGAAUUGUAAGCUGUCAGACCCUGUUCCAAAACCUUCGCCCAACAGCAGAAACACUGAUUACUGGUCCUUGGGCUUACUGAAUAUGGCUUUGGAACAUUCUAACAGUUUGCGUCUGGUCUCACAAUGUAGCAAUAGGGAGAACGCUAUCCUUCCUGACUGUUCUAUUUUUUUGGCACCUAUACCGGGUCGCCAUGGAUGAGAUCUGGUCUCACGAAAUCGUUGGUAACUCCUCUGCACACUUGAACGACUAACACUCAAUAGUCUUGCCACGUUCAUUGCACUGGCUUCAUUUUCCCGCAAUGUAACAAUCUGAACAGACUUUUGAUAUUUUUCCAUCGUUAUUAAGAAAUACAUUUCACUGUAAGGAGGCCAGUGUAAUACUCAGAUAUCUCAGAAGCUCUUUAGAACACUACAAGAGUAAUUCUCACAAUAAUCAAUUCAGCGAAGCUUCGUUGAUUCGUUGUGAGAAUUAUGUUAAUGAGUUAUGAGUAUGAGAUAGCAAAACAAAUUAGAAGAAAAUAAAGAAAUACAUAUACAUAUAAAAAAUAUAUAAAAUUUACUAAAUUUUGUGGAAGCUCAGUUUAGAAUUGAAGUAGUUAAACUAUUGCUCAGGAAUCCGUAAGGAAGCACAGUUAAUUAUCAAAUAAUUAAAUCUGAAACAUACUGAAAGGGCAAGGAGUAGUAGAAGAUAGACUGUAGAAAUCGAAACACACAAAAUAUAAAAUAAAUAAAAAAUGGAUUUUAUGAUGCUUUUUGGAACAUACUAUUAUGUUUAAUAUGAGAUUUUUUGAACAUUGACCUAAUAAAAUGGAGUAUUAAAUUUUUUGGUAAUAUAUAAUUAAAUCGAGAUACGCUGGGUUUUACUGAUGGUGAUAUUUUCUAGUAGAGGAGUUGAUACGUCCAUAUAUAUACUAGAUUUUAGUCUAGAUAAAACUUAGGGAUGUAUAUUAUAUGAUAAAAAGUAGUGAAUAGUACUUAUAUGAUCGAGAAAAUUGGAACAGUGUCCAGUGGCCCUAGCUUUAGUUUUUAAAAACCUCGAUGAUUAAAACAAAAGAAAAUCGUUAGAUAAAAAUAGUUAUUCUUAAUUACGUAAAUAUUGGCUCAUCGUAUUAGAUUCGUAUUAUAUUCUAAAAAAUAAUUUUAGUUUUUAGUCAUCGAGAUUUGUAGUAAAUCAUAAAAUUUUUUACCUUUUUGUAAUAUAGUCUAGAUUAAUUUUGUGAUUUACGUCUCCUGUGAAUAUUUUUGACAAAAUGGUUUUCUGGAAUUAAUUUAUUUAUAUAGCAGUUACAUACUUUUUAAAACAACUGUAUUUAAUGUACAGACAUAGUUUUUUGCCCAGAUAUUUUUACUUUGUUUUAUUGGGGCUAUAUUUUAUGCAGAAUCAAUCAAAAAGUUUACUAUACAGUAUUGGGAAAUUUUUUUCGGAACAUAGGCACUUUCAAUGCCAUAAGUUAGAUUCUUGAUUUGCAAUUAACCAGUGUAAAUCGUCCUAUUAGAGGUAAAACUCACUAACUACACCUUUCAGAAAGUGGAAAAAAAUCGAUUUAAAGGUACAAAUUGUUUUUUAAAUUCACCUGACUUGAAUAUUGGAAUUUUUUUAAUGCAACUUUAAAGAAUAAAUAAAAACAGAUAUUUUAAGCCAUAUUUUGUCACAGGAGCUAUGAUACAAUCAAUAUUCGAUCAAUUUUUGUAAUUAAUGAGUUUUUCCUUGAACACAAUGAUUACGUUAAUGAAUUUGUCUUCAUAAAAUUUCGCUGACUUAUAACAAACGAACUAUCAAAAAUAACAGUCUAUUAUUUAAAAAAUAAACAAGUUUCGUUCUUCGAAAAUAAAUGCAAUUCUGUCGGCAUUUGUGACAGCCACAAAAGUCGCCUGCUUAAUUGCAAAAUAUAUUAUGUUACCCUUUAUGUAAGCUAUCACGGUUACAAAGAAAUUUAAUCUCAUAUUUCUUUAAUCAAUCGCCGAACAGAUAAUGCACACAAAUAUAAUGUACAGUUUGUACACUUUCAACAAUACAAUGUAACACACAAGUCGCCUGCUUAAUCGCAAAAUAGAUUAUGUUAUCUAAUGUAUUGUUUGAAAAAUUACUAAGUACCGAUUCGGCAUUCCAGAUUGUAAGGAAAAAUUCACUAAGUGCAAUAAUAAGUUCUAAUGAGUUUUACCCUGAACCCGAAAUUCACAAUCCAUAUUGGAACGAAAAAUUCACUAAGUGCAAUAAUACGUUUUAAUGAGUUUUGCCCUGAAACCGAAAUUCACAAUAACGCACUUAGUGAAUUGUACCAUAAAUUAUCUCGGCAAUUAGAAGGGUUAGGGUCCCAGGUGACUUCUCCAGAGCGGGGUAGUACCGUAUUGAGUUCAAAUUGAUGAAAAUGUCAAUCUUGAAAAAGUGCACUUAGUGAGUUUUACUUCUAAUAGGACGAAAUUUCAAGACAACGUCGCAAAGUUUCAUAUUUAAUUUAUUUGUUUGACUGCACUGAACUGAGGUGCCCCAUCGGAUUGUAUCGUUUGCUUGCGAAGACACGCGAAGGUGCGAUAGCCAGUGGUAAAGGGAUUACAGUCGAACAAAAGAAUUAAUUUUAAAACAUCGCGACGUUAUAUCGAAAUUUACACUGGUUAAUUGCAAAUCAGAGGUCUCAGUGCGGUGCUGUCGAACAAAUUAAUUAAACAUGAAACAUCACGACGUCUUGAAAUUUACACUGGUUUUAAUUGCAAAUCAAGGAUCAAACUUAUUGCAUUGAAAGCGCAUAUGUUCCGAAAAAAGAUUUUCAUACCUGUAUAGUCGAUAUGAUUCAAUUUUACAUAUUUUAUUAAUAUUAAUUUUCAAUUGAUUAUAACAAUUAGUUGAUCGUAACUGAAAUUUUUGAUAAAUUUUGCAUGAGUAUGGCGCCAUAAGGCAGAAUAUGGAACUAUUUAACAGUCUCAAUUGUUUAUAGUGUGUCAAAAUAACAUUAUCGCUUUGACAGCCAUACUGACGCUUAGUGUGUAUAGAAUAGUGAGAUUGUUAAAUAGGAUUUCUGCGAUUAACAGCAAGUGCAACAUUUGUGACAUAACCAUCAUCACUUGCUCGUUUCAUUCAAUAUUAUCUACAUUAUGUGUAAAUAUUGUAAUGGGCCGUGUUGAAUUUCAAUAAAAAAGAAUACCUAUA